AUGUCAAUCAAGCGUGAUUCUACCAAUGAUCUUAAAUAUGUUCUUUUACCUACAUUGGAAAAUCAUCGUCGUGAACCUAAAUUUCAACCAUGGUAUCGAGAACGAAUGAAAAUGAAAUAUCCAUGUCAUAUAAAUACAAAAAAUUGGAAAUUUGUCAAAGACGGUCUAGAUGAUUUUCGUGAUGGUUUACCACCAUCGCAUAAUGAUAUUAUAUUAGAACCUGAUAAAGGUCCCGGUCCAGUAAUCAUCUCUCAAAAACGUCGAGUAAAAGCUACUGUAUCCAAUCCUCGUCGUCGUCUUGAUGAUCAUCAAAUAUUUUUUAGUCGAGAAUUACCAACUGCAGAAAAACGUCGACAAUUAAUUGAUUAUUAUAUAUCAACAUUACUCGAUCAUCCAAUGGCGUUUUUUCCACAUUUUAAUCAAGUUUUAUCACCGGAUAUGUAUGAACAAGUCGCAAAAUUACUCGAAGGUGAAUUAUCACGUGUAAUUAACGAGGAACAAAAUUUAUUAUCAGAAGAACAUAAAGAUAUGGUUUCAUUAUCUCCAAGUGUUCCGAUAACUGGAUUCGACAGAAGUAAUACUGAUAAAACUGUAUCAGAACAAUCUGUUACAACUCAUAAUCAAAAUUCAUCAGAAGAAUCAGGUGCGAAGAAAAAACGAACACGACCAGGAUUAAGUACCAUUGUCUAUGAUGAAGCAGGAAAUCAAUGGGAUUCGGAAGAAUAUGAAAAAAAACAGAAGAAUCCUUAUCGUUGGUAUAUUGAUAAACAAAUUGAAAUACAAAAUUCAAAAGGACCUACACGUGAAGAUAUAGCAGCUUCAGCUAUGGAAGCUCAUCUUCGAAAAGUUGCUGAACAUUUUUGUAGUUGGUUAUAUGAUCUUGGUGGUGAAUCAAAUUUUGAUAUAGAUCCAGCUGUUGUUCGAAAUUUAUUUUCAACUGCUUAUGAUACAAAACCAUCACUUGAUGUACCAAUUAAAAUAGUACAAAUGACUAGAAUUCCACCAGAGUUACGAGAAGGUGUACAUGACACCAUGAUUGCUGGAUCGAAAGAAGAAAAACCGACGUUUAGUAAAACGCGUUUAAAUCCUAAAAUAACAAAAUCAAAUGCAUUAACGUCUCGUUCUAUUGAUUCAUCAAAAUUUGGCAAAUAUCGAUAUGGUGCUUGGUAUUUACCUAGAAAUCUUUGGCAACGUUCAUUAACAACUGAACAACUUCAAGAUCCGAAAAAAAUUCAAGCCGAACGUGAAGAUGCUACACGAAUACGAGAAGAACAAACUAAUGCUUAUCUUGCUCCAUUGCACGGUGUUGAUGCAUUCAAAGAUUAUCUAGUAGAAAAAAAUGUUCGCCGUUUACCAAAAUUAAUUGUCGACGUUGAACAAUAUCGUCGUGAUCAUCCUCGUGAUUUAACCAAUUCAACUAAUGAUUUUCAACGAAAAGAAACAUCUUCAUAUGACUAA